AUGCCUGCUGCUGAGUACAAGGUUACAGCAAUGCAGGACGAAGACCGCAAGGUCAUCUUCCAGAUGCCAGAAAAUGAGAAAUGUGUGGAUUGUGGAACUUCCAAUCCAGAAUGGGCAUCCGUAAGUUACGGGACCACCCUAUGUCUAGAAUGUGCUGGACCUCAUCGAGCUCUUGGAGUCCACCUUUCCUUUGUCCGUUCCAUCAAAAUGGAUGCCUGGACUGAAAAGCACUUGCAAGCCAUGAAAAGUGGCGGAAAUGCCCAAUGCCGUGCCUUUCUGCAAAAAUGGGGAGUCAAUGUCGACUUGGACCGGAGCAAGAUUAAGGAACGAUACGAAUCUCCGGCUGCAGAACUGUAUCGAGAGUGUUUAAAGGCUCGAAUCGAAGGUCGUCCCGAACCAACAGAGUUGCCAGAGAAAAGGGAGGCAACAAUACCUGCAACAGAACGAAAAAUGGAAGGGUUUGGAAGUUCCCCGCAUCCGAGCACACUUCCUCCCAAGAAGAAAAAGUUUAGCCGAAAAGCCAUACUUGCGGGGGUUGCGUCGGCAGCCAUUGGCGUUGGUGCCGUGGCCAUCCAGCUGAGUCAGAACAAUCGGUAA